UGGACGAUGAGGUAAAAGUUUAGUGGAGCCCGGAGAAAGGAGAGUGCGCGAUGUUGCUGGCGGAUCAAAGUCAGCAGUGGCUCACCGCGCGCGCCAAGGUGUCGGUGCUGCAGGCGCGCGGCCUGCGAAUCAAAGGCAAGCUCGGCACGGACGGCGCGCACGUGCUGCUGCAGGUGGGCUCGCAGAAGUUCAGCACGCCGAAGGGGCAGCAGCAGCGCGCGGACCCGGUGUGGGAGGGGCAGGAGGCCGCGUUCGAGCUCACGGGCUUCCCGGAGAACAGCGCCGCCCUUCGCGUGCAGGUGCUGCAGCGCGCGCUGGUGGGGCCGGACAAACUGCUGGGGCAAACGGACAUCAACCUGGGAGAGCUGUACAGCAACAGGGGCCGAGACAGGACAGAAUGGUUCAAACUGUUUGGAAAACCAGGCAAGCCGGAGAAGGACCGAGGAGAGAUCCUACUGGACAUCCAGUUUCUGAAGGGCAGCAUGUCCGCUAGCAUGUUCGACCUGUCCAGCCAGGACAAAUCACGCUCCAAAAUCGGCAAGCUGAAGGACAAACUGCGGGGCAAGAAGAAGGAGGGUCUGUCUGACUCAGCCUCCGCCAUCAUUCCCUCUGUCACUCAGGUGAUGACUGACAGCGAGGGGGAGGAAGAGGAGGAGCCGGUGGCCGGAGAGAAGAAGAAGAAAAACAAACUGAAGUCUCUGUUUGUCCCUAAAUCCAGUCUGCAGAGGAACACAUCUCAGUCCAUGUCCACUCUCAGCCCUUUCCCCGAGAGAGAUUCGGCCAUCGCGUCCAGCAGCUCCUCUGGCCUCAACAUGACAAACGAGUCUCCAGAAGGGAAGAAGAAAUUUAAGCUGUUCACACACAAACGCAACAGCAGCACAGACAGUAAAGUGUCCCAGAGCGGCUUCGUCUCCAAACAGAGCAGCCCGCCGACGGUGUGCAUCAACGGCAGCCACGUCUACAGCGAGGAGCCCGAGACUAAAGGGUCUUCACUCAGCCUGACCAGCUCCGGACACGGGUCAAUGGAGGAACUGAGACGAGAGAAAGAAGAGAAAGAACGGCUGGAGGAGGAGAGGAGGAGGGCCGAGAGGGAGGUGGAAGAAGAGAGGAGAAAGAUUGAAGAAGAAAGAAAAAGAAAGGAGAGAGAGGAGGAAGAACAAAGAAAAAUAAUGGAAGAGAAAAAAAGAAUGAGGAUGGAGAGGGAGAAAGAAGAACAGAGGAUAAAGAUUGAGGAGGAAAGAAAAAGAAAAGAGAGAGAGGAAGAAAAGCAAAGAAAGAUUGAGGAGGAGAAAGAGAGGAUGAGGGUGGAGAGGGAGAAAGAAGAACAGAGGAGAAAGAUUGAGGAAGAAAGAAAAAGGAAGGAGAGAGAGGAGGAAGAGCAAAGAAAGAUUGGGGAGGAGAAAGAGAGGAUGAGGGUGGAGAGGGAGAAAGAAGAACAGAGGAGAAAGAUUGAAGAAAGAACAAGGAAGGAGAAAGAGGAGGAAGAGCAAAGAAAGAUAGAGGUGGAAAAAGAGAGGAUGAGGAUGGAGAGGGAGAAAGAAGAACAGAGGAGAAAGAUUGAGGAAGAAAGAAAAAGAAAGGAGAGAGAGGCAGAAGAACAAAGGAGAAAACUUGAGGAGGAGGUGGAAAGAGAGAGGAAGAGGGUUGAGGAGGAGAGAAGAUUGGCUGAGGAGAAGAGGAAGAGGACGGAGGAGGAGGAAAGGCUGAGGGACGAGGAGAGAAGAAGGAUGGAAAUGGAGAGAAGGCUAGCAGAGGAGAAGAAGGUGAGGGAGGAAGAAGAGAGGAGGCGAAGAGUGGCUGAGGAGGCGGAGAAACGAAGGCGAGAAGCGGAAGAGGAGAGCGAGAGAAAGAGGAAAGAGGAGGAGGAGAGGAGAGCGCGUGAGGAAGAAGAGAGGAAGGAGAAGCAGAGGCUGAGGAUGGAGGAAGAAAAAAGGAACAUGGAGAUGAAAGAGGAGGAAGAAAAGCGGCAGAAGAAAGAGAGAGAGACGAAGGAGGCAGAGCAGGAGCAGAGGCCAGUUCCAAAAGCCAGGAGUGGUAAAGUGAGUUCAGCCACAAAACUCGAGGAACCUCAAGAGGAACUUCCAUCUGAGGACCCGUUCUCCACCAACCCGUUCGAACUGAGCUUCUCUGAGGAACCUUCUUCCACGAACGCCUUUGAGGAACCGACCGACUCUCAACCUUCGGCCUCCGUUCGCUCGGCCAGGGUGUCUGCAGUGAAGCCCAGCGCGUCCACCUCUGGGACAGUUUCUCAGCUGUCUGUACCAAACACCAACCCAUUCUUGGACGAUGAUGAUUCAGUCGAUGGCAGUUUAGAGAACCUCAGCAGUGCUGGAAGGAGCACAGCUAGGAAAAAACGUGCCCCAUUGCCUCCUCAGAACAAGCCAGAGAUGUCAAGACCAACUGUUCCUUCCAGAGAUUUCCUGAUGGAAGAAACCAAACAGUUCUCAAAAGAAGUGUCAAAGCGCCCAGCACCUCUUCCACCAGGCUGUCUGAGGAAAACGACAGAAGAGCUGGUUAAAGAAUCUACUGUGGCUCUUGGUCACGGAGAGAAGGAAACCCUUGCAGUUCUGGAGAACCAUCAGACAAGCAAUGCGGCACCUGUCUCCAAAGAUGAGCUAAAGGCUCAGUGUAUUCAGAGCAUGAAGGCAAGACAAGGACAAAAUUCAUCUCCUCAAAAAAUGGAUCCCAACAACAAUCAAGCUACUACAGGACAGAUUGGCCAAAACGAGUCCACUAAGAUACAAGCUAAUACCAACCCUUCCACAUGUGGUGGUGGAGCAGUGGCUGCCAGGCACAACAAGGGACCAGCACCUGCAAAACCCUCAGCUGCUUCAAGUCGGAAGUCUCUGUCUGGAGAUGAACUGUCAAGCCACAGCACAAGUCUAACAGGUGGUACCAUUCAGCCUGAAGAAAAAGCAAAUGUUUCUACAGACUCUGAAAGCAAAGAUAAUCCUUCAAACUUUACAUCAAUGGAAGGACCAAAGUCUCUUGCAGCUGACGGCACCAAACCUGAACUUGCAGACGAGUUGUCCCACAAAGAUACUGCUGCAGAACCUUUACAGAAUAGCCAUACUGACAAUCUUCCCAGAGGAGAAGAGAUUGUGGAACAUCUGAGCCAGAUGAAUGAACCUGAAUCUCUGGAAUUGAAUGCUCCCUCAUGGGCAGAUCAAGAUUUGUGCCCAGAGUCUCAUGUCUGGGAACCUGACCGACCAAACAUGGAGAGUGAAGCGCUGACCGGAAUUGCCAAAAAGAAGUCUCAGGCUCCACUACCUCCAGGCAAACCAAAAAGAAUUGGAGACCCAGACUUGCCAAAUCAGCAACCUUCUCUUUCAAGGACUUUAGAGGCUAACCUCGGAUGCGUUCCAGAGAGCCAAAGCAACAAGAAGGACCAAGACAAGGCACAGGACACUGCGUCAAGCACAUACCCUUCUGUUACAGCUUCAUCCUCAACAUUCGCUCCACUUACCGAGGAGUCCGAGGUGAUGAAAGCAUGCAUUUCCGAGUCUACAGGCUCAGGGUCGAGGGCACUGCCGUGUGCCAGAGUGGUACCCACUGAUGCUCAGAGCAGUGCAGGUGAAGUGAAGGGGGCAGGAGGAGCUCCUGCCUCAGUAAUCAGACAGCACGCAGUCAAACCUCUGAACGCCGCAGACAAACAGUCGGACCUCAGAGAGACUAACGGCAAAGCUGCUGGAGCUUCGGAGAGCAUGCAGCCCAAAACAGAGGCUGCAGAGGCGGUGGGCAAAGGUCCGUACUCCCAGCUGACUCGGGCUGAGCUGAUCUCCCUGGUGAUCCGGCAGCAGGAGCAGCUCUCCCAGCGUGACUCCAGAAUCAUGGAGCUGGAGCAGUACAUCGAUAACCUGCUGGUGCGGGUCAUGGAGGAGCACCCCAGUAUCCUGAUGUCCAUCAACUCCAUGAAGAAGGCUGUUUAAACCGGGCUCCAUUACCUUCAGCUAUGGGGGCUCACUGGCCUGCACUGUUUAAAGAGAUAGCUUUGCAAA